GUCAGCACACCGCCUACCAUGGAUGGAGCUCAUUUCCCGUCAGCUGGACGAUGCGAGGGUGCGUUAUUGGAAAACCGUGGGCUGCACAGAUAAGGAAGUUUUUGUUUGGAGCCAACGUGCCUGCAAACCGAUCUGAAAUUCAAGUUUCAGCAUCCCGGGGAAGAUGAGGACGGAGGCCAGCCGAGCAAGGCAUUUUUAUUAGAGUCUGCCAAAUGAAGAGGCACUUUUUUUUUUAUCCCGCUGAUUAUUGCAGGCCUUGAAAUGAUUUGAUAAAGAUGUGAUGUGUGAUUGUUUUAUGCAAUCCGUAAGGGACAGUUGCAGUGUGCUGUCGGCUCCUUUUGUGCUUGCAGAAAUCCAUAUCUGGCAUCCUUCCCCUCUUCUUCCUGAUUUGUGGCGCAGAGAUGGUUGGGAAAAUAAGUGGGAUUACAAGUUAACAGGAGAUAUAUUUAUUUGUUUCUAAUCCGGUAAUUUGUUGUCGCUUUAAUCCCUUUCAUAAAACACCGAUGGACUGUAACUUUGAAAUCGAGCUGUCGGACCUACUUGAGGGAGGACAGUGUGGGACAAAGCCCGCUCGAUCUACCAGCUAAAAACAAUAAGGCUACAGUCAAGAAGGGACACGAGGAAGCAGUGAGCUGCUGGAUGCCACCACGAGACAACAAAGGGGACACGUUGAUCACCUCGUUUAAUGUAAUCUCCUCUGUGGUUAAACGACAACUCCCACAAAUGACUGAUGUGUUUUUAGAAAUUAAUAUCAACCUCCCAGAGACACCCUGCUUUUUUUUAUUUUAUUUUUUUUAUUUGAAGAAGAAAACAUUUUUUGGUAAAUCCUGGGCAGCUUCAGUUGUUUAUUUAUAACAUUAAAAGGAGCCAUUUGGACCUUCAGAUAUCAGUGAACAACUGGUCAAAGAAGACAUGAAAGGACGCUACUGGAACCCACUGACUUUAGUAUCUCACUGUUCAUAGCUCUCAGCCUCCAUAGAAUCCCGACAGAAAACGCCUCUAUCCAUGAAAAAUAAUCCUUCCCCAUUGGCCGGAUUGCGGUGCACAUGCUAUAACAACAGGAUAUGCAAAGAGCUGUGGACUGAUCUAAUAGCCUAUCAUGUUCUGCGCAUGCUUUUUCAACUCAGAUUUUUCUUUUUUUUACAGGAUGUGAACGAAUUCCUUCACUGAAAUUAUUUAAAUGACUAAACAAAUGACUAAAUAAAUAAAAAUAAAUAAAAUAAAUAAUAAUAAUAAUAACAACAACAAUACUAAUAACAGCAAUGUGAGGAAAAAAGAGUAACAAUAGCCAGACUGAAGGCUUCUUUUGUUUCACAGAGCUGUUGUCCCUUGGUAGUAAAGCUGCUGAAGCAUGUUCAAGUAUCGGAUCCGGAUGUUUUUCAAUGAACUCAAGGUGUUGCUACUGAUGCGUUCUGAAUCAAGCAGGAGGACUGACACAGGGACAGGUACGGACACGCAGACAAGGAUGAGAGGGCUUAAUAUUGGAGGUUGUGGUUGGCCACAGAUAAGUUGCUCUCAUCAGGAUGACGAGGAGGAAUACUAUGGGUCUGACCUCCGGCCACGCAGCUUGGCUUUUGAGGAUAAAGAAGGACCCAAAUCCCAGGGGGGAGGCCUGGAUGCAGCUUCUCUACCAAGUCUCUCAGAGAGCGAGAUGCGAACACCACAGUGCCGGAUCUGCUUCCAGGGGCCAGAGAAGGGAGAGCUAUUGAGCCCCUGUCGCUGUGAUGGCUCUGUUCGCUGUACUCACCAGUCCUGCCUUAUCCGCUGGAUCAGUGAAAGGGGCUCCUGGAGCUGUGAGCUCUGCUACUUCAAGUACCAAGUCCUGGCCAUCAGCACUAAAAAUCCGCUGCAGUGGCAGGCCAUCUCUCUGACUGUGAUUGAGAAGGUGCAGAUUGCAGCCAUCAUCCUGGGCUCUCUGUUCCUCAUUGCGAGUGUUUCCUGGUUGGUGUGGUCGUCUCUCAGCCCCUCAGCCAAAUGGCAACGACAGGACCUUCUGUUCCAGAUAUGCUACGGCAUGUAUGGCUUCAUGGACAUAGUUUGCAUAGGCCUUAUAAUCCAUGAAGGAUCAUCUGUUUACCGGAUCUUUAAGCGCUGGCAGGCGGUGAACCAGAAGUGGAAAGUGCUGAAUUAUGAGAAAGCAAAGGAUUUAGGUGACCCCAUCAGUUCCAGCAGUAAAGCCGCUGGCCGAGUUGAGAGGAACUCUUCUAUCGCUGUCACAGACGGCGACCACAGGAUGAGUCGGCAUGUCAGGACUAUUCUUAACCACCACUGUGGCUACACUAUUUUACACAUCCUCAGCCAGCUUAGACCCACCAACCUAAACAAUACCAAUCAGGAGGUGGUCAUGAGAGUAACCACUGUAUGAGGAUGAGCUAUCCAGACACAAAUGUUACAGUCUUUCAGCAGGAUGUAAAAGUGGUGUUUAGGGUUUAAUACAAAAAAUCCAAAUGUGCCAUUUAAACACAACCUGGAACUAUGGUCGCAUAUGUUUGCUCUCUGAUUCUCCUUGCGCUAUAAGAACUAAGUUUUUCGAAAAUUUAU